GCUCCCAGAAGUGAGUACCAGUCCUCUCUCUUUCAUGGAUACACGCACAGGGUGACAGGUAAUUAUGGAAAACUCCUCCCCCAGCUUACCAGGGACCGUUCGGCUCUAUGACCAACAGGCGGACGGGGCUCUUGACGCGAGCGAAAUCACCCUCAUUCCCCAGCCCAGCUCCAACCCAGACGACCCGCUGCGAUGGAGUCCGGCGCGCAGAUACUGGCACGCAACGCUCGUGUGCUUCAUAGCAGCCCUGACCGCGGCCACCUCCAACGACGCCGGGUCUGCCGCGGACGGGCAGAAUGCAGAGCUUGGGAUUUCAUACGACCAGAUCAAUAACGCGGCCGGCGUGCUCUUCAUUGCAAUCGGAUACAUGACGCUGCUGCUGGCUCCCAUGGUCACGCUGUACGGUCGCAGGCUGAACUACCUCAUCUGCAUUCUCAUGGGCCUUGGCGGGGCCAUCUGGUUUGCCCGCAUCCAGAGCAGCAGCGACUCAAUUGGAAGUCAAUUCUUCGUCGGCGCAUCCGAGUCUUGCGCCGAGGCGUUAGUACAGACGUCGCUCUCCGACGUCUUCUUCCAGCACCAACGCGGCACCGUCCUAGGCUUUUACGUCUUGUCUACAAACAUUGGCACAUACCUGGGACCUCUGAUCGGCGGCUACAUCGCUGAUAGCACGUUGGGUUGGCGUUGGAUUGGUUGGUUCGCAGUCAUCAUCUCAGGCGGAACCCUCGUAGUCCUCUAUUUCGGUCUCGAAGAAACGACCUUUGACCGUCGCCACAUACUCGAUGGUCAGUCUGGCGAAUCGCCCGAACCACCAGCUUUUAGUGCUGAAGGUGAUACAGAAAAGAAGGGAUCACCACUACAAGAGCCACUGCAAGAGCGCAGAGCCUCUCUCGUACACGUCGGCGAGCUCGAGUCUCUUCCUUCUCGCAAGCCUUACUGGAAGCGCAUCGCUCUUAUCACGCCCGCUCCCAAUCUCAAAGGUGUCGGUUUCAAACAAUAUGGCCUGCGGCUGUGGCACAUGCUUCGCGUCUUUACAUUUCCCGCUGUUCUCUUUGCCGGAUUGCAAUGGGGCGCGCAAGAUGCGUGGUUGACCUUUUACCUCACGCUCGAAGAAGACAACUGGUACGGCCCGCCAUGGAACUAUACUGACGCACAAGACGCCGUUAUGAAUGUUCCUUGUAUCAUUGGCUCCUUCAUCGGCUGUAUCUAUGGUGGCUACUUCUCCGACGUGUUUGUGCGAUGGAUGGCCAGGCGGCAUGGCGGCAUUGCGGAGGCUGAGCAUAGGCUCUGGCUCAUGCUUCCCGCCGCCAUCAUCAGCCCACUUGGGCUCAUCCUCUUUGGCAUAGGAACCAACAAUGGCUGGUCCUGGCGAGUGCCGUAUGUUGGGUUGGGCUUCAUUGGCUUUGGAUGGGGCUGCGCAGGAGAUUUAUCCAUGGCGUAUCUCAUGGAUUGCUAUCCGGACAUGGUAUUGGAGGGCAUGGUCGGCGUCGCCGUCGUCAACAAUACCCUCGGAAUGAUUUUCACGUUUGCGACUGGCAGCUGGCUUGAUGCGCAGUCUGUCACGGACGUGAUGUGUGAGAUUGGCGCUUUGAGCUGCGUUUUCAUCUUGACGGCUGUGCCGAUGAUAGUAUGGGGCAAGGCGGCGAGGAGAUGGACGUUGAGGAGGUACAAGGAUUUUAUCACGACCCGCGACCAGAUUUUGUAAAUUCGUUUCAUAGUAUGAUAUCUAUACCGCUGAUGCCUGAGGCUAUUGUCUUUCUGAUUUUGUUCAAACCAUUAUGGAGCGUGUGGCAAUGUGAUGGGAUGCUGUUUCUGAUGCCUGAUAAAGAUAGUUGGCGAAUAUUCUUUCGAAUUUUAAACACUGCUCAG